UACCAACUAGAGGGAUAAGGCGCAGCUCAGUGUUGAGAAAAUGAAGACUUUGAGACACCCGUCUAUUCUGAACUACAAUGAAGGAAUGGAGUCUGAUAAUAAAAUAUAUGUCGUUACUGAGUUUGUUGUGCCAUUAAAGCAGUAUAUUCGACACCUCGAUCGGGCUCACUUAAAUAACUUUAUUUGCUGUGGUUUUUCCCGCCUUAUUAAUUUGUUGAUUUUUUUGAACGAGACUCACCUUUUGGCACACAACAACGUCUGUCUGGACUGUGUAUUUGUCAACAAUGCUGGGGACUGGAGAAUUGGCGGGCUUGAGUAUAUGACACACGUCAACGAGUCGACACGAGUAAUUGAUCUUGGAGGGAAAAGUUUAAAAAUCAAUACUUUUCCGCGGGAAAUUAAAAAUAAAAUAAUUAAAAGGUAAUUUGGCGCCAUUUAUUUUAGUUCGAUUGAUUUAUUUUGCGCGGGAAUUUUGCUGUGGGAAAUUUAUAACGAGAAAAGUGUGCGAGAAUUGGCUGAGUUGUAUACUUUGAACAAGGUCCUUUAAAUUUUGAGACAUUAGUUUCCCGCCAAAUUGCAACGUGACUUUGAUAUUCUCGUUUGUUUAGAAAAAGGCGGGAAAAGAAGGGCGGGAGAAGUGUUGUGUGCAUUAACUCAGUCAAAUCACUUUUUGGACUGCCCGUACGUCCGAGAGAUUGACUUUCUUGACGAAAUAUUGGUAUUUUGUGGCAAUAUUCCAGAUUAGAGGUGAUUCUGAGAAAAAGGACUUUUUUCAAAAACUUGAGAAAGCCAAGUUCCCCGUGUCUGUGUGUCAGUAUAAAAUAUUUCCCGCCCUACUUGACGUUGUUGAGUUCUGCAAAGUAGAAAUUUGUGUC